AUGUCUCCAAUCUUGCACUCCGCUAUGGUCCUCACUGCCGCUGCUCUGUGCCUGCCUAUUGUCUUCGCCAACUACGCAACCACCUGCGAGGAUGAAUCCCUCGACGGCCAGAACUUGGUUGCCAGCUGCACCGCUGACAACGGAUCGCAGCAGAGCUCGACGCUCAACCUGAAUGGCUGUGUGGCAAACUAUGACGGCGACCUCAACUGCGCCGUGAACGGCGGGUUUGCCGCCUCCUGCAAUGUUGGAUCAUGUGGGUUGGCAGGCGGCGAGUACAUGCAAUGCUACUGUAGAAAUAACCAAGGUAGUCAGACCAGCUCUAUCGUUGAUCUAGCUUGCCAUAUAUCCGGAGAUGUCUUUUGGGAUGCUGUGUUUCCAGGAGCACAGAUUCUUCCGUACGUGCUGCAAAUGGACUCCAAGUUGCAUCUUACGCGAGUACAAGCAUCAGCACAUUCCAGUUCGCGCACACUGUGGGGAUAG